GGAACGGUGCUACGUGCUACUUGUGAAGUUAUUUGUUAAAAUUUCGUCUCCCACCGCACCUUCAUCCAUAGAAUACAUCCAACGGUUUUCUCAGGCUCCAAGCCGACCUGCCUGAAGGCAAUCAUGGGCACUACCGCCCCCAUUCUAUCCGGACUGAUCACAUUCCUUUUGACCCUGACCGCAACCACGGCACAGACCACUGGGCAUUUCUGUGACCAGCGGAUCCCCGUCCCCACGUACGCCACCUACGCCUGUAGCGAGAUCUGGAAUGUGAUCAGAGAUGGUUUCAUCUUCCACAAGGUCCUCGGCGACACCAUCGAAAACAUCGACAUGGCCAACCCCAACCAGAUGUGUAUGUUUGAAAAGACAAACCACCAGGUUGUGACUGCCUGUUGCCCCGGCUGGUCUGGAAAUGAAUGUAAUGAAGCGGAGUGCGCGCUGCCGUGUGAGAACGGUGGCGAGUGCCGCGGCAGGACAGACCUUCCAGCGUGGAUGAAGGCGCUCCCAGAGUGCGUCUGUGUCCCUCCAUUCGCCGGAGAGCAGUGUCAAGAGAACACAACCGAGAUUGCAAGCAGCAACAAGAGGUACUGUUACAAGUCCAACAACUGCCGUGGUCCAUUGGAGGACGCCAAAGCAAUGGAAAUUUCCGAUUGUUGCGCUGACGGCUUCGCUGGAUCCUUCGGUAGCCAGAGUUCUACAUACCAGUGUACUCCUUGUGUGCAGACUGACGUGGUUGUCGUGAACCAGACACGGAACAGUGCAACUUGCAUGACUUCUGGCGAAGACAUCUACCGCACGUUCGACAAUGUGUACUUUAACUACCAAAAAAACUGUGCCGUGGGCCUGCUCGUCACAAACUGGGUGGAUAUUUACACCGUCACUCACUGUGACCCCAUCGAAAAGUGUGCUUGCUUCAAGGUUGUCACCAUCAUCAUCCACAAGAGCGACUUCGCCACCAAGUACGUGCUGGACGGCACAGACCUCACCAUCUCCACCCCAGACAGUACAGUCGUAAGGGACGCUUCCUCCCUCACACCCAACGAUCCUAGCAACUUGGAUGAGCUGGGUUCCAUGAACUGGAAAAUCGAUGACAUGGGCUCUAUCUACAUCAAGAGUACCACCAUGGACUUCGAACUGCGUUCCGAUCCCGACGGUAUGUUCAUGCUGACCAUCAGGAAAGACUCCCCUCUCGUCACCAACAAAGAGGUUGGCGGUGUCUGUGGCAACAUGAAUGGAAACCCAGAUGAUGAAUACGCACUGACCACCCAGAUGGGCGCCGAGAGAGUGUUCAACCAGUUCUCCAACGAUGAUCUGCCAUGCGGAAACUCCAUGAGCGAAUGCACCCCCGACAAUGAAGAAGCAGCGACGGCCGCCUGUAGCCCACUGACCACAGCCUUCUACAGUUGCCACAGAGCUCAAAGAAAUGCAGAGAGCCAUUCCUGUUCAACGGCCUCAUCACCAACAGAUGCCCACUCACCUGUGGUGCCACCAAGUACUCUUACACCAAGGACAGCUGCCGCGGACAACCAUUCGCAGGUUGCGAGUGCCCAGCAGGCAUGGCCAGAAUCAACAACACAUGUGUCGAGCCCGAUGACUGCCAGUGUAAAGCUGACAACGGCAAAUACUACAACCGCGGAGAACAGAUCCAGUCUGGAGAUGGAUGCCGUGUUUGCUCUUGCGAGUCCUUUGGUGUGUGGAACUGUGAAGACAGCAUGGACAGGUGCUCCUCAUCUUGUUCCAUCCUCGCCGGCCAGUUUGUGAAGACAUUUGACGGAAGAAUGUACUCCAUGGACAGCGGCAGCUGCAGCUCAUUCACUCUGGUUGAAUCCAGCGAUGAUAACUUGGACUUGAGUAUCAAAUCCUCCUCACUGACGUGCACAGACACCCUGACCGGGGAGCGAGCCUGCUCAAUGGUGAUCACCGUCAAUUACAACGGCGAAGAGUCCUCUCUCGACUUGUCUGAGGGUAGUCCAAUCAUUGAAGGUGGUUUUGGACCAUCCAUGUACAUCAGGAAAGUGUCAACCAGAUACUUCAUCAUCGACAUCAACGGUGGCGAUGUAAGAGUAAUUGUUUCUACUGACGGAAUUCUGCACUUGAAACUCAAAACAGAUGCUUAUAGAGGAAAGCUCCUCGGUCUCUGCGGUAACAUGGACAACAACAAAGACAACGACUUCAUGGGCCGUAACCAGGCCACUAUGUUGCCGGGAGAGUUCAUGGAAUUCUACGCUUGUCGCAACGCCGCGCUGAACGAGCUCACAACCACCAAUGUCGCCGAUGUUUGCAACGAGCUGAACACAGCAGAUCUGCCAGCAUACUCCGGCAUUGACAUCGAUGACUUUGUGAAGAUGUGCAACAGCGCUCCCGACGACGCCACACGAUGCAGUGUUCUGCAGUCAUUUGCCCUGUCUACAUACAACUCUCUCAGCAACAUCAUCACCUCAAUUGCAUGCCCUGCCCCUGCUUGUGAGAUGAAAAAGAUUGACGUCUGUAACGCCAACUGCAAGGAUCAUCUGUACACCAACUGUGAGUCCGAGAUCGUCUUUGACUGCGGCUGCAAGGAAGGCGAGUACGUGGAUGAGUUCGGACAUUGCGUCCCCAAGGCCGAGUGCGGCUGUUAUGACUUCUCCGAUCCAACCAACUACGUCCGUCCUAAUGAAGAAACUGGUGUCGGCUGCAAGAAAUGUCUUUGCACUGGAUUUGAACUUCAGUGCAGCGACACUUGCGAGUCUGUGAUUUGCGCCGCACCACAGGUGUCCCAGGUGGAGGUGGUGGAGUCAAUCAAGGAAGGAGAUAACGCAGAAUGUUCCAGACUGAUGUGUCCUAAGCCAUACUACCGUAACUUUGAAUGCAUCAACGUCCAGACCAGCACACAGCUCUGUUUCUGUCCAGAGGGAUACAAACAAACCCAGUUUGGAUCUUGUGUAAAAGCAUGUCCUUGCUACGAAGCUGGCCAGUGGUACAACCAUGGAGAUUCCGUCACUUCAAACUGUGUAGUCAAGACUUGCAAAGACGGUCUGUUUGAAUUUGGAGAGGCACCAACUUGCACAGGUGUGUGCUUGCUGACUGGCUCCUCACUGAAACUGAAGCCUUUCGAUACAACAUCCUUGAAUGACUUCUCCAUCAGUGGAACUUGUUCCUACACUGCUUUGAGCAUUGAUGAUGAAGGCAUCAAAGUCACGUUCAAAGCUGUCUCAUGUGGAUCUGGAGCAAACCAGAUCUGUAUGUACCUCGUAAAGAUCUACACCCAAUUCUUGCAAGAGCCCAUUGAACUGAAGAGCACAAACCCAUCAGCAGUUAUGAUUGGACAGAAUCAAUACUCUGGUGACAUCGGCCCAAGGAUUCAGAUCAUCGACACCAACUACUACCUGAAGGUUGUCAUUGACGGAAAAGUUAGCAUUGACUGGAACAGAGGUCUCACUGUGAGGAUCGAAGUGUCCGGCGAACUCAUCAACCGUACCGCCGGUAUGUGUGGUAAAUUCAACGGCAACAACCAGGAUGACAGAAUUGGUCGCGAUGGAUUGGGAAAAGACUCCCUUAUCAAGUUGGCUCAGAGUUGGAAUGAAGAUGACUCCGAGUGCAAAGUCAACGAUGAAAACACUGUUAUGUCCAAAUGCCAAGAGGGCUCUGACAGAGCAGCUUGGGCUGAAAACUCCUGUAAAGUCAUUAUUGAAGGCGAGGCGUUUGCAGCUUGUCGUGUGUUUGGUGAAAACAACCACAUUGGCUACUACCAGAACUGCAAAGAACAAGCUUGCAGCUGUGACUCUGGCGGUGACUGCGAGUGUCUCUGUGACGCUAUUUCUGCCUUCGCAACCUAUUGUAACGAGAUCAACAAACCAGGACGUUGGAGGCAUCAGAGGCUCUGCCCAAUGCAGUGUGACUACGGCAGUGUGUACUUGCCUUGCGGCAAUGGCUGUCCAGAGGCCUGUGGAUCCAGCGGCAACUCCAGUGAUUUCUGCAGCUCCAUGACAUGCUCUGAAGGUUGCUUCUGUCCUGAAGGAUACGUGAGAUCAAACCUGGAAAAUAUGAUGGGCUCUAUGUGUAUCCCAAAGAAAGAAUGUCCAUGUGUUGAUGAUGAGGGACGUACAGUUCUCCCAGAUGCCCACGUGACCAUCAAGUGUCAAGAAUGUGAAUGUGUUGAAGGCGAGCUUCAGUGCACAGGAGACAAAUGCGAACUUGAAUGUAAGGAAGAUGAAUUUGCGUGCGGUAGCGGUCGAUGCAUCUCUAAAUACAACGUGUGCAACGGAAGAAUGGAAUGCCCCGAUGGCAGUGAUGAAAUGGAUUGCAAAGAAAUUUGCACUGGAUUCCUUUGCGACGAUGGAGAAUGUGUUGGCAACUUUACCGUCUGUAACGACAUCAUGGACUGUGAGGACCAGAGUGACGAAAGAGACUGCUCUGUACCUUGCGCAGAAGGACAAUUCAAAUGUCCAAACAGCUUCGUUUGCAUCCCUGAGGAAUAUAUUUGUGAUGGAAUGAUUGAUUGUCUCGCAGGAGAAGAAGAGAUUAACUGUGAAGUUUGCCGCAUAAACGAAUCCCACUGCAACCAGACCUACUGCAUGCCCAAACAAUACUUCUGUGAUGGACACGACGACUGUGGAGAUGGAUCAGAUGAGUCCGGCUGCACAUUCCCAACGACAACCACCCCAGAAAUCUGUGAACACACUGAUGAAACCAUCUCAACCAAGAUUGAUGCUAUUGCUCUCGCUGGAGAUCCAAGUGGCAUGACAUCCCAAGUUUUCACAAACGAUGGUUGGCCCAGUGCGCCAAAUCCGGACACAUCCAUUCUUGCUAUCAGCCUUGACAGCCUGGUGGUUCCAUCCCUGGAUGAGAUUUACUUCAAGAUCAACAAGGGAGAGAACACAUCAGUGUCUGUCAUCAUCCAAACUGCCAACGGCACCACAGUUGUUGAGGAAACUCGCAGAGUGACUGAAGACCCCAUGGAGUUCAACGGCUUCUAUAACGUCAAGUUCCAGUCUGUGAUCAUUGAGACCAAUGGCGUCAUCUCUGACCUGGUCAUGGAUGUGUGCUAUGAGCCACCAACACCACCAACAGAAUCCACCCCACCAACUGAAAGCACUACAGGUCCACCUGAGGUGUGUGAGGAAGGCUCUGUCCCAGUCAACGACCAAUUCUUCGGUCCUAAACUUGGAGCCAGCAGCCCAUCACCUUCUGAGAAAGUGUUCAGUAGCCCACCUGGUGAGGAGAUUGUGGUGACCCUGGCAAUCAACGAAAAUCAAGUGGUUGAAGCAGACAUUGAGACCGUCAUACUGUCCGUACAAGACGCCGACUUUGAAUCUGCAACAGUGGAAACUGAUAAAGGAUCAUUCCCUAUUACACCUGGCCCAGACUCCACACCAAGUCAACUUGUAUUUGAAAUUGUGACAGAUGAUUCCACUGAAUCAAUUGAGUUGAAGUUCACCAGUACUGGACAAGAUUCUCAAGUGGAAUUUGUCGGCGCUGUUGGCUGUGUUAAAGUUGAAAACUGCACAGAGUAUUGCAACGGUGAAUGCACUGAUGGAGUGGAUCUGUGCCUGACAGACUGUGCUCCUGAGUCUUGUGAAACCACCCCAACAAGGACAACAAGCACAAUCAAGCCACCAACACCGGUGACCCCAUGUGCCCUUGCCAUGGAUCCUAUCCAAGUGACUCCUGCCUCACCCUCACCAAACGAUGCUCCAGAAGAGCUUUUUGAGCUCACUCCUGAUGUCAACGAGAACUUUGUCGAUGAAGUUUCCGUCUCCAACUUGCCCCCAGGAGAAACAGCAUCCGUUCUCGUACCAUCUGCAACAUUCCCCUCUCUGCCAAUUGAUGGAAAUGGAAACCCAGUAUUUGUCGUUGUUACUCCAGGUUAG